UCUGGUGUGCGGGGCGGCGGCCUUCCCCCGGCGCUGGGAUGGGUGAGGAGCUGCAGGAUGGGGCGGAGCCUAGAGCCCUUAAGUGGGUUUGCAUCGAGUCCAGGCCAGUGGGGACUGGAAAUAAUUAUAAAAAAGAAAAAAGCAGGUGAUUGCCUGUUCCCUUGUCGUGCUUUGGAUGAUAGCUUGUUUAGGGGUUUGCUGGUGUGAGCUGUAAUUAAAAGGCCAUGCUCAUAGUUUGUAUUUAAAAAUGAAGUAAAACUGGUUUAGGGCACAGUGGUCUCCUGGGUUUCCCUCUGUUUUCCUCUUCUCCCCAGUGCAUGUGGUGAGAAGGAACUAGAUUAAAGCCAAAAUACAUCUGCAUAAAGGAAAGUGAAAGUAAAUAUGCUUAUUGAAAGGCAGUCAAACUGGGGAAGUGAGAGGUGAAACUUCACUGGUUGUGAAUCAAUCCAAGAAUGAACAAAUGUAAGAAGCCUUAUGUUGACCAGACUGCAAACCUUGAAAAGUUCAGUCCGGAAAUUCUUUCUGAAAUUGAGAAGCUCUUUGCGAAGAAGUUUACUUACACUAAGCCAGUGAAUAAUGAAUGGCAGCUACCAGAUCCCAGUGAUGCUUUUACAUGCAAUCACAAGGAAUUCAACUCACUCCUGGCUCUGAAGAACUCUAUGAAUGAAGUGAAGAAUCAACUGAGUGAUAAGAAUCUGGAUGAAUGGCACCAGCACACCUCAUUUACCAAUAAAGCAGGGAAAAUAAUUCCUCAUGUGAAGAAGUCUGUGAAUGCUGAGCUGUGUACCCAGGCAUGGUGCAAGUUUCACGAGAUCCUGUGCAGUUUUCCUCUUCUCCCUGCAGAAGCUCUUCAGGACGGAGAACUGAAUUCUGUCCAUCUCUGUGAAGCACCUGGAGCUUUUAUAGCCAGUCUCAAUCACUACUUGAAAUCCCACCAUGUCCCUUGUGACUGGAAUUGGGUAGCUAAUACUCUAAACCCCUAUCAUGAAGCAAACGACACCCUGAUGAUGAUCGUGGAUGACCGUCUUAUAGCAAAUACGUUGCCGUGGUGGUACUUUGGCCCGGAUAACACUGGUGAUGUGAUGACUUUGAAACAUCUAACAGGGCUUCAGAACUUUGUAAGUAAUAUGGCCACAGUUCACUUGGUAACUGCUGAUGGCAGCUUUGAUUGCCAGGGAAAUCCAGGUGAACAGGAGGCUCUUGUCUCACCCCUUCAUUACUGUGAAACGGUCACUGCUUUAAUGAUCCUAGGCACUGGAGGAUCCUUUGUUUUGAAGAUGUUCACGCUGUUUGAACACAGUUCUACCAAUCUGCUCUUUCUGCUAAACUGCUCUUUUGAGGAGGUCCAUGUCUUUAAGCCAGCCACUAGCAAAGCUGGAAACUCAGAGGCCUAUGUGAUUUGUCUUCGUUAUAUGGGCAGAGAAAGCAUUCAUCUGCUGCUUUCUAAGAUGAUACAGAACUUUGGAACAGAAAUGGUCAACAAAGCACUUUUUCCCCAGCAUAUGCUGCCAGAAUCUUUUCUUAAAAUACAUGAAGAGUGUUGCAUGUUCUUCCACAAGUGCCAGGUAGAGACUAUCUCUGAGAAUAUCCAUCUCUUUGAGCGCAUGGAAGAAGCAGAGCAGGUGAAACUGAACAAGUUAAGAGAUUGUGCGGUAGAGUUCUUCAUGCAAAGACUUCGUAUGAAACCCAUUGCCAGAAAUAACUGGCUUGUCAAGAAAUCUCAGACUGGUUGCAGCAUGAAUGCAAAAUGGUUUGGGCAAAGAAACAAAUAUUUUAGUACGUACAAUGAAAGGAAGAUGCUGGAAACCCUGACAUGGAAUGAUAAAGUGGCAGAGGGCUAUUUUAAUCACUGGGCUGAAGAGCAUAGUUUAAAUAAUGCUGGUAAAAUGUGCAUCUUGGAAGGAUCGUCUUCUAACCUCGACUGUAGCUUGUGGUACAUUUUGGAAGGAAAAAGACUACCAGUGGUAAAAUGUUCUCCGUUUUGUGAUGGUCAAGUCUUCGAAAAUCUUACUGAAGCUAUGAAUGAAUUGGUGGGGGGGAGGCUGAAAAGCAGACAAAUGCUGCAGAUUUGUCACUCCUGUGAAGUUCUUCCUGGGGAACUGAUACUGGCAGAAGUGUCUGAUCUUUCCCGGAGUCAUCAGGAAGUCAUAAAUGAAAGAUGUAGUGACCAAUUCAAGUGCCUUGUGGUGGACUUUCCAUCCCUCUGUGAUACUGAAAACCAACCCAGUAUGGAAAUAAAGCUCCUGGACUCGGCCACACUGCUGACUUUUAGCUUCUCUUUGCUUUAUGAUGGAGAACCAAAGUACCAGCAACAGCUUUUGGAGUGUGUUCUGCAUUCGUUGAAUCAGCUUACAAUGGGAGAUGCAUUGAUUUUGCCUAUUCUUUCUUGUUUUACACGCUUCACAGCUGGCCUGGUCUUUAUACUGCAUUGCUGUUUCAGAUAUAUCACGUUUGCUUGUCCGACCUCCCAUGAACCACUAAGGACUAGCACUGCUUUGCUGUGCGUUGGUUACCGAGGCCUCCCAAAUCCAGUUGUUGAAUAUCUGCAGCAUCUGAAGAAACUAAUGAGCUCUUUGUUAGAUACGGACUCUCCCCAGCAAGUUUUGCAGUUUGUGCCUAUGGAGGUUCUCCUCCAGGGCAAACUGUUGGAGUUCUUAUGGGAUUUGAACACAGCCAUUGCAAAGAGACAACUCCACUUGAUUGUGCAAGCUAAGCAGCAGCAAAUGACUAGUAAUAUUUCACUUUAGAAUAAUUCUAGAGUUGAGUGAGUUGCUGUUGCUAGACCUUGCUUCACAGGCAGGUAGAAGGUGUUAAAAACAUUGUUAAUGUGAAGGUAACUUUAACUGUAAAACCUUGGUGUGACAUUGUUAGUGUUGGGAGGAUGUUUUGAGGUAUCAGUCCCACUUGCACCAUAUUGGCCUGUUGUACAGAAACCUGAGGCUUAAUCUCAGGGGUGGGGGACUUGGGAGGGACAGUGAUUGCAGUGGAGAAACUGUUUCUCCUCUGUCACAGCUCUCCCUGAGUCAAUUUGUGUGCCACCUAGGUCAGAACUGUGCCUUCAUGAUGAGAGGUGGUAUGGUGAUUUAUAUGUCUUGCAUCAGGCCAGACAAUGGGGGAUGCUGUUGUGUGACAUUAGCCCUCUUCUGUGGAGCAACAUGUGGGAGCUUUGAUGCACCUGUGUACUUUUCCAGGGUUUGUAGAAGCUGAAAUGUGAGAUUUGGGCCAGAACGUUCAGCAGUGUGCAAGCCUGAUGAAAGACUUGAGGGAUGAGUGUCUUUUGAGCAGGCAGCUGUCUCUCAAAGGCUGGGUUGAAAAUGACUGCCUGUAAGCAGUAGCAGAGGUGUCCAGGCAAAGAUGCUCUUGGGUUUUAAUUUUGUUUAUGCAAAGAGCAGCAGGCUGUAUGGUUUUUGACAGGUUAUUGUAUGGCUUUGUCUCCCCAUCAAUGAAUGGGCUGUUAUGUUAUUUUUAAGUGGCUUUUGGGUCCUCCUUAGAAUAAUUUGAGACUCCUGAGUGAAAGUGAAGACUUGCUUCUGUCUGUGGCAGCAGCUAUUAAUGAGGAAUUCCAAAUGUUUUUCAGGCUAAAAACAUGAUCGUGCACAGAUUUGCGUAUCAAGGAAUGCUUUGGGUACCACUGGAGAAGCAUUAAGCUGAAGAAAUACUUUAUUUGGGAAAGUAUGAUUAAGAUUUCAGUUGGUUCCCCUUAAGGAUAAAAAUGAUGAAAUUGGUAACUGACUGUUCCUUUAAGGGAGUCAAAUUUUAUUUUCCGUAUUGCUCCUUUGAGAGCUAAAUUUUGAGGCCUAAAUUGUGUAUAUUAACAUUUAGUUUUAAGUUUGUAGUAUAUGUGGAAAAACCUGCUCGGAGGGAGAAAUGAUGUUUAAAGGAAAAAUGGCUUUGCUGUUGAUAUGUGCAAGAUCUUGCAGAAAAAGGUCAUAAGAGUGAGUUAGUAAGAAGGAAAAUGUAGUCUCCUGAUGAAUUACCAGUCACCUUCUGGAAGCACUUCUAAUUGUACAGUGUGGGAGCUUGAAGGAUAAUUGAUUACUGGUAAGGGAUUAAAAGCACUGCUGAAAAACUGUUUUGUCUGGAGGUGCUGCACAUUUAAUAGGCUUUCUUGCCACGUUGAUCGGGGCAGAGUUUAAUGCAUUUAACAGUUCAUUUUUUAUUUAAUAACAUGAUAGGUGAAUGAGUUGGUGGCUCAGGUCUAAUUCAUAACAUUUUUUAAAAAUCUUGCUUUUUACAGUUGCACAUAAAUAGAAGCUGCCUAACAAAAGCUUCUGGGAUUGGUCAUUGUCUAUUUUAAUUUAUUUAAAUAGAACUUGCUCUUUUUGCUGUGAGCUGAGUCAUGCUCCUCUCAAACCAGGAAGGAAGGGAACAGAGGCUACAGAUUGGGAGAUAACAUGCAGUAAGAGCUUCUCCUGUAAAUCAUUUUUUUGAACCUGUAAGCUUGAGUGCAAGCAAUGCCACAGAUGACUUUCACCAAAAAAUAAAAAAGAAAUGCUGAAAAACAAAAUAAGGAAGGGGGGAAGAAAUGCUGUAGAAGAAUGGAUGAUGAGACAGUAUCAAAGAUCACCUGUAAAAGCCAUCUUUAUGUGAAACAAAAAGCAGAAUAAAGGUAUUGUCCACCAGAGACACCCCUGUGUCUCUGCCACUGUUUCAGAGGUGAUUAAUGCUUCUGAAACUCCAAUUGUGCUGAAGCAUUUGAAAAGAUGUCUCUUAAAGCAGGGGUAAAUGAGAUAUUUCAAGUGCAUGGGUGUGCUUACACUGUGAUAUUCUGCCGUGGAGGCAUGAGUAGCCAGAAGCAUCUCAUCUAGUAGGUACUUAAAUAACUUGGGUUUUUUCUUACUAACAUUAGUCUAAUAUUUUUAAAUUAUUAUUUUAUAGUUAAAGUAAAAUCCCGAGGUUACUGACAGACCAUGAGGGAAAAUGCAUUUAUUUUUUCAAGCUUUCCUUGGUCUGUUCCGUACAUCUGACAAACUAUGCAGACUUCCUUGAGAUUCCUCCCAUCCCGCCAUUCCCUAUAAUGUCAGACAGUCUGUCUUUUUUCAUAAAUUUUUAGGAGAAAACAUUUUAGAUGGUCACAAAGCUUUGGGGAAGUUAGGACUGUGUACUUCAAGAUACAGUAGACUGAGCUGGUGGGGAAGCAUAAUCCAUCUGUUUGGAAGUAUCCCCAAAGAAAUGUGUGCAAGCACUCCUGUGGAAAGCCAGAUCUCUAAACAGAAGGAAAUCCAAUGUCCUGUGGAUCCUGAUGGCUGAUUUACUCGAACUUUUUUGUUGGCAGAUGUGGGGAGAUGACAGGAGAAAUGCUUUGACAGUAGCUGUUCCUGUUAAAAAGAAAGGAUGUGGUCUUUUUUUAUUAUUACUCUUGUCUUAAUGGCAGGAGUUUCAAAGUUAGGAAUGACACUUGUCCUUUUAAUUGUGAGAAUCCUGCAUUGUCCUAGCUGUUUUUAGACCAAAGAUUUCUUUGAGAAGAAGUGACACUUGAUUUCUGUUGUGACUUUUGGAAUAUGUAAGAAUGCACGGGAAGAAUGUAUUAACCUUUGUGGAGAGGGUCUGGUGACUCCUGCCUUCAUCGAGGCUGUCAGUUUUUGGCCAAUUUGAUUUGAUUUUGGGUGACACCUGAUGAAGUGUCUCAGUAUCCUGGCUGCUUUUAAGUUGUUUUUUUACUGGUUUGAAGAUGAACUGGGUAUUGGUUUUCAUAAUUAGGAGUUUCAGGCUUCACACAGGGGAAGAUAGAGGGGGUGGAAAGAAUAAGUUGGUUAUGACGUGAUUGAGAUUCAUGCAAACGAGGUAAAUUUAGUUUUGCAGCUCUGCUGUUGCAGGUUUCAAUGAAGGACUGAUAUUUAGGCCCCAAUGAUUAGCUAUGAACUACAUUAUUUUUCUGAAACUUUUUGGAUCUUUUGUUUUAAGACAGCAUAACAUUUUGAAAUCAGUUGCAUGAGGGUUGAAUGAAUUGGGUACUCAGCUAAGUGAAAAUGCUAUUUUUUUUUUAAGUUGCAUUCCAUUAAAGUUAAGAGACUUGCUACUUAUUCUUACUAAAUUUGUAUUGUAUUGAGAUUCAUUUGGAUGUGCACAGAUUGUAUGUGUUCUUGCAACUGGCUUUCCAAUUUAAUUUCUACAAAAAAAAGAAAAAAGAGAUUUCUAGUAUGAAAUCUGGUAGUCUAUUAGAAUGAUACUAAUUGGUGUCUAUUAAUCUUAAUUUAAGAUGAAUAUGUCAAAUUACCAGUUGUAAAAGUAGACUAUGUAGCAGAAUUGUAUUCUGUUAGAAAAACAACUUGGGAUUUAAUGGAAAGGGAUUAAUAUUGCCCAUGUAGAAAGUAGGAGGAAAAAAACCACCUUGAUUUCUGACCUAAAGCUGGGUGCUUUAGGAUGCAGAAUAACAUUGCUUCCAGUGAAUCAAGGAUUCAAGGGUUGACCAGUAAGCUGAAGCCUCAGAGCCUUAUAGCCUCCUGUUACCAUCCCUAAAAACUGUCUUUUGACAUCCUUUUAAUUUACAGUUGAUUUAAUUCUUAAUAGUGAAGUGGGGGAAUCCCUGUGUAACUUGUCUUACCAUUUUGGGUGGUAUGAAAUGGUGGUGUUUAUCAGUACUAGUCCCUAUUUCCCACUUUUAAACCAGCGUCUCUAAGUUUCACCUUGUAGCCUUUGAAUAUAAGUCUUUUAUUCUUUUUUUUAGCACUUUAGUGAGUAAAGACUGAGAUUAAAAUUUCCUUGCCAAAGUCUGGUAAUGGUUUUUCCAUCUCAUUCUUGCAACUAUUUUUGUGAAUGCCAUGCUGAUAUCCUUAGUUCCAGUUCUUUGUGUGCUUCAGUCACUUGCCAGAAAGAUCAAAUGGAGCUGUUUAUGCCAGAAAAGUGCUCAGUCCAUGACUGUUCAUUGCUUACUCUUUAGGCAAUAAUUUGGAUUGCCGUCGAGCCCUCUCUUGUGACUCUGUAUGGGUCCAGAGCUGAUUUCAAGCCUUAAGAAUGAAAUUUGCUAAAAGAAUUAGCCAGUGGCUGCAGACACUUAUGCUUAUAACAAGCAGAACCUUUAGGAGACAUUUAAAUGCAGGAAACUUAUCCACCAGCCAGGAGAGGCUCAUAUAACAUGCAGCUGGCAGGAUUUGCUAGCCUUUCCUUGCUAAAAAUUGUUAAAAAAAGGCUUUGAGGCAUAACGACCUGAACAAACAGUUCCCCAAGUUGUGUGCCACCUUUCUUCUACACAUGGGUAUGUUCAUGUUUGCAGGUGUGGAAACCCCCAGGAUUGUACAGCCAUGAAGAUUU